AUUACAUAAUAUGAACCCAAAGCAUUGGUUUUUUUAAAGAAAAAAUGGUAAACGAACCACACAACCCUGGUAUGCCUCUGGAUCUUGCAUGGAUCCAACAGGUGAGAGUAAAUCUACCAGCUGUAAAGAAAAGGGCAGCUACUCUACCUACAACCAGAACUGUUAAGCAGCAGUGGCAGGCUGGUUGGUUGCUGAAAGCUGUCACCUGCAUAGAUUUGACCACAUUAGCAGGUGAUGAUACUCCUGCUAAUACAGCCAGACUUUGCUUGAAGGCAGCUAGACCUAUUCGUCCUGAUUUGAUAAAGGCAAUGGGGGCUGAAUCUCUCAAUAUAACUUGUGGAGCUGUUUGUGUGUAUCCUAGCCGUGUGGCAGAAUGUGUACAGUUCCUUCAGAAGUACAAUGCAUCUCAUAUCCCUGUUGCCGCAGUAGCAACUGGAUUCCCAAGUGGACAGUAUAGCUUAGAUACUAGAUUACAGGAAAUCAAAAUGGCGGUAUCAGCUGGGGCACGUGAGAUUGAUAUUGUCAUCAAUAGAACUCUGGCUUUACAGCAUAAAUGGGAGGAACUAUACAGUGAGGUAGUAGAGAUGAAGAAGGCUUGUGGAGAUGCACAUAUGAAAUCUAUUCUGGCAAUCGGGGAACUUGGCAGCAUGGAGAACGUAUAUAAGGCUUCUCUUGUGUGCAUGAUGGCUGGCUCCGACUUCAUCAAGACUAGUACAGGAAAGGAGGGAGUGAAUGCAAUCCUAGCUGUAGGGUUGGUUAUGUGCCGGGCAGUCAGGGAGUAUCACGAGAAAACCGGUUUUGUUGUUGGCUUCAAACCAGCAGGCGGUAUUAGGUAUAAGUUCUUUUUUAUUCUUGAGAAAAUUCAGUUUGUUUAAACUGUCAAAAUUUAC